AUGGGAGGAGAUGGGGGAAGUUUACCUCAAAGAGUAGAUUUAGUCCGUAUGAAAAAUAAAAGAUUAAGAGAUAAUACGGGAAGUUUAGGAUACGAAAAAAACACACUUGUUACUAUUAGUCAUAAUAAGUUUAAUAAAAAAGAAUUGAAGGAAUAUUAUUUUAGUCAUUGCAUAAUAUCUCAAGAAAUGCUCACAGAACCAUUUUUCUGUUGCCGUCUUGGAUACUUAUAUAAUAAAGAAAAUAUUUUUAAAUUAAUUUUAUUUAAGAAACAAAAUAAAAAAAAAAAAAAAGAUUUAUAUGAAAAAUUUGAACAUAUAGAUUCACUUAAGGAUUUGGUUCUCUGCAAAAAUAAAUUAAAUGAAGAUAAUAAACUAGUUUGUUUGAUUUCAAACGAAAUAAUUAAUUCAACUUCUGGUGCUAUAUGCCUAUUUUCCUGUGGAUGCAUUUUUUCAAAAAAAAUUUUCAAUAAAGUUAACAUAUCAAAGGAAAAUGUUUGUAUAGCUUGCAACAGGAAAUUUAAGCAAAGUGAUAUCAUUGAAAUUGGCUUAGAUGAUGAAGAUGCCCUUGAAGAAAAAAGAAAAAUAUUAAAAAAACGAAAACUUGAUAAAGAAAAAAAAGAAAUAACUCAUCACGAAAAGAAAUAA